AAGAAUGUUGAUAUUAGUAUAUCUAAUGUUGGGAUCAGCCUGUCUACCCGGCGUGCUACCAUUCGAUACCUGGACCUACGGAGGUCAGAAGGGUCCUGACAACUGGCCUCUUGUCUGUGCUACAGGAAUGUCCCAGUCUCCUGUAGAUAUAGAUUCCUGUGAGACGGUUCAUAAACCUAUCUCGCACUUUACCCUGGAGAACUAUGAUGUAUCCGUCCUAGUAGAUAUCAUCAACAAUGGACAUACAGCUAAACUUAUGCCCAGGAGCACUAAUAUCACGAUGUCGGGUGGUGGUCUUUCCCACUCGUACACUUUUGCACAGGCACAUUUUCACUGGGGGUUGGGGGCACCUAGUAAAAAAAUUGGAAAAAGAGAUGUGUCGGAAACCUCUCCAGAUGAUCAGAUUUUAGAACACGAGGACCAGGAAUCAAGAAGCUCCCAAAAGGUAAACCUACCGGAACACUUAAAAUCUGAUGAAUUAAAGGAGAAUCUUAAACCAGUUGAACCUGUUCUGAAGAAGGAAGAUAAGAAGGUUGAGAAUGAGGAGCCUGCUCCUGGUCCCGAGGUUUCUGAUUCUGGGUAUGGAUCGGAGCAUCGUGUCAAUGGUAUCGGAUAUCCUCUAGAGGUUCAUCUAGUUCAUUACAACACUAAAUAUAAAGAUAUAAGUGUUGCUGUACAAUACCAGGACGGAUUAGCAGUACUAGGAAUAAUGUUUCAUAUAUCGGAUACAGAGAACCAGGAUAUUCAACCAAUAUUGGAAAUAUUACCAACCAUCACCAAACCACAGAGCCAGAAUACUCUCAGGUUUCCCUUCUCUAUGGAUAAACUUCUACCCGGAGACAUUUCUAAAUUCUACAGAUACUCCGGUAGUCUAACUACUCCAGGAUGUUAUGAGGUUGUGACCUGGUCGGUUUUCUUUGAGAGUAUUCCCAUAUCUGAACCACAGCUCAAGAUAUUCCGUGAGCUGGUGAACUUGGAAGGAAAAAGAAUGGUGAAUAAUCAUCGUCCUGUCCAACCCAUCAAUUCGAGAACUAUUUUCAGAUCAACAAAGACAGACCGGAAGUGCACAGGAGCUAAGCGGAAGGAGAUUAAGAUUGACUCCUCUAAGGAUUUAAUUACGUUUGCCAUGACAUCAGUUACCUCUAUCACGGCAAUCUUUGCUACCUUUGGAGCUGCUACUUUAGAGCUGGCAUUUUCUAGGUCUAAAAAAGACAUAGUUCUUGGAAAGUAUGUCCUGUGUUUACUGGCAAGCUCUCUGUCCUACUGGUUUACAGGGUUUGGUAUAGCGUGGGGUAACAGUGCUGCUGGAGUUACUGGAACAACUUUUUUUGCAACAACAGAUCCUGAGGGGGUAUAUCAAAUCUUGAGUGAGCUUGUGUAUCCUAUAUUCACUUCCUUCCUUUUUCUUCUAGCUCUCAGUACGGAACGGGUGACAACAAGAUAUCUUGUUUGUACAACUGUGCUUAUAUCAGGAAUAUUUUUCCCUCUGGUGGAUCACUGGACAGAGAAUAGUGAUGGUUGGUUGCAUAAGCUAGGAUAUACAGAUCAUGGAGGUUGCUUGCAUUUGUUUGUAGCUUCAAUGUCCCUAGUCUCUCUUCGUAUGAUUUCAAAAGUUCAUGCUAGUCCUCCAACUACAACUAAAAAUCCAAAUUUGACUGCAGUUAUUCUGGGAACCUUUAUUCUUGUUUUCUCAAUGAUUUUACAGAAUAUUUCCAAGAUAAAAGAUGAGGAUACGACUGUUCUACUGGGUGUCCUAAACAUAAUACUGGCAAUGUCUGCAGCUUCUGCCACUGAAUCAGUUGUGAACAAGAUUUCUAAACGAGAGAAGGACAGAUCUAAAACCACCUUAUCACUGAUGAAUGCCAUGUUGACAGCUGCUGUAGCUGUUAAGUCUGGAUGUGAAAUUAUCCCCACGUGGUCAGCUGUCGUGGCAGGACUUGGCUCGGCUCCACUCUAUUAUGCUUCUACUUUACAAUUCAAAAAAUUCGGAAUUCACGAUGAAGCCGAAGUAAUCGCGGUCCAUGGGGUAGGAGGACUACUUGGGAUGGUUGUUCUUCCCUUGUUUAGACAAGAUGAUCUUGGACUAUUCUAUAAUGGAGGGCUGGAUGCUGCUACUGGUCUAGGAAUGAAUCUGGUUGGUACGCUGGUAGUGUUGGCCCUGGGAGCAAUCGCGUCAUUUGGAAUCUCAUUCCUAGCCACCAAACUUAACAUGUUUAUCAAGAUACAGGAGUAUGAGUAUUCAGGAAAUAGUGUUGAGAAGGGUAUCAAGGAUAUAAGCAAGGAGAACAUAGGAGAGAUUUUGCCAUUAAAGCUUGGAGAUGUCGACGACAGCUUCAGGGUUAAGGAGCUGACCUUCAUUGAUGCAGAAAACCAGGAAUCUGUAACUAGUAAUAGAUCAAACUUAUAAACAUCUAAAGAUAUGGUUCUUGUCAAAAAAAAUGUGAUUUUAGUCUUAAAAUGAUACUCUUCCUACAAUGUUGCGGGGUUACUUUACCUCAAAUGUAGGGUUUUGGUAAAUCAAUUGUACAAAAAAACUAACCUUUCAGGGUGCUCUCAGGUACCUUUGGUGAAAGAUUUUCGAAGAGAAUAAAUUAUUUGGUGUACAGCAUUACAAAAUAAUUGAGUAUCUUCGUUUUGCCCCUGUAUUACCAUAUACAUAUACAGCGAUAACCAGAAAACUGUAGAAUAGAAAGACUACAUUUAAGUGCAUUUGAUGCUGUUACAAAGAAAAUAGCUUUA